AUGAGAAUAAGAGCCAGCCUGUUGGCAGUUGUACUGCUGGCCACAGCCUCCUUGGCCGCCGAGGAGUCCAGCUGGGGCAACGAGUGGGCGCCCAUGGAGGAUGCCACACCCAGCCGUAGAUCCGUCGAUACCAAACCCGCCGAGCAAGCGGACAUCCAGGGACGCUACCUGGUCCACGAGUCCAUCCAGAGCAACAGCACCACCCAGAUCGAUGAGGUCAUUGAACAGCUGAUCAACUCCCGCCGGGAGGGUCGCAACCUGGGCGAAUACGAUGCCGUCUAUGCCGAUGGAAACAUCGAUCAGGCUCUCCAGCAGGGAAAUGAUCUGCAGGCCCGCAAUCUCAUCAGGGAUAAGCUGUGUGGUUUGGGACUCAUGAGCUGCGACGUGGAGGAGAAACGUCCCUUCUACUCGACCAUUUAUGCCCAAGGUCCUCCACCACCAUCUGGUUUCGCCGGUGGUCCCUAUGGUCCAGCCAAGCCCAUGCCACCACCCAGCUACUUCAGUGGUCGUCCGCCAAUGGGAGGUCCUCCCGGAUCGUACGGACCUCCGCCCAGCUCCUUUGGACCUCCUCCGAGUUCCUUGAACUCCUUUGGACCUCCCAGGAAGGUGGGCUACGAGGGACCCUACAAGCCAAUGUCUGGACCUUAUAGGCCAACCGGAAACGGCGGCUAUCUGGAGCAUCCUCCACCAUCCGCCAUCGAUGGCUCCUCGGACGGCAUCACCUACACGAAGCCACCACCCGGAGCUCUGAUCUACGACAGCAAGCCACCGGGACCCAUUUACACCGGAUCUGGACCCGUUUUCACUGGCUCCUCGAAUGGAGUUCCCCCUUAUAACUUUGAGAACCCUGAGGGUGGCAUCCAGGGUGCCCAGUCUGCUCCCAAUGGCUUCUACUCGCAGCAGCAGUCUUCCGCCUCCUCCUCGUCGGCCACUUCCUCCAGCACCAAGGUGGUGGUGGGAGCACCACUCGAUGCCCUGCAGCAGCAUGUGCACCAUCACUACCACCAUGUGGAGGGAGCCGAGGGAGCCAAGGUGCCCAGCGUCCCCAUUCCCAUUGGAGCCGGCCAGACCAUCAACACGGACUUCAGUGCUCUGGCUCAAUCCUCGGCCACUUACACUCCUUCGAUUCAGACCUCUUCCGGAUCUUCCGGCUACUCCCAGUCGAAUGCCUUCAAUGCCGGUUUCAAUGGCGCCUCUCAGGGCGGACUCCUUUCCCAGAACGGCUUCGGGAUCUCGCAGAAACCUACCGGGGAUCUGUACAAACCCAACUCGGGACUGGGAAGCUUUGGCAACAGCGCCUCGGGAGGAUUCAGUGGCUCGCCCAGCUCCAGCUACCACAGCCAGAACCCCGAUUACUACAAGAAGGAACUGCAGGGCGGUGCCUCCAAUCAGUACAAUGGCAUCUCAGGUGGUUACCAGGCACAGGGACUAGGACAAGGACAAUACCAGGGUGGCUAUGACACCGCCCGCCAGCAGAUCGUCGACUGCCAGUGUGUGCCCAUCUCCCAGUGCCCCGCCGCCGAUCGCAUUGGACGCAAGGAGGACCUCAUUCUGCCCAUCGAUCCCCGCAACCUGGGCAAGGAUAUUGAAGCUCUAAGUGACGAUGCUCUGUCCACCAAUGCCACUGCUCCCGUGGAGGGAAAGAAGGCCGAGGAGAAGUCGGACAAGGAUGACAAGAAGCGCACUCGUCGCCAGGCUGAUGAGCAGAAGGAUGAGGAGGCCAGCGAUCUGUCGCUCGAUGCUCAAGGGAGACAGUCGCCGCUCGGAGGAUCCCCGUUGGCAUUGCCCGCCCUCCAGGCCAUCGAGCUGAUCCAACGGAAAGUGCUGCCCACCUAUGGUGUGAGCUUUGGUCUUCCCUAUCCCACCGGGGGCUAUGGAGGUUAUCCCUCGAAUGUCCUGGGUGAUCAUGUGCCCGGCCAGAACCCCUACUUCGGUUCUGUGGGUCCGAAUGGCCUCAAUCUCGGUCUGGUGAAUGUGAAUCCACUGGUUUCGGUCCAGGUGGCCAAGACGGAGUAUGGCGAGAAGGUGGUGAAGCCACUGGUCAAUCUCCAUGUCACCCCGAAUGCUAAUCUCAUCCAGAAAGUGGGAGAUUUCUUCAAGCGAAAGCCCACGGAAGCAUAUAGCACUCAUUAUCACCACCACGAUCACUACAGUGGCUAUGAGCAUCACGACUACGAUCACCAUGGUCACCAUGAUCAUCAUGACCACCACUCGUAUCCCCACUUCUAUGGAGGAUCUGGUCCCGGUCCGCAUUUCAGUGUGGAAAUGGUGCCGAGUACUCCGAUCUUUGAGUACCACAGUGGGCCUACGCAGUAUCAUCAUCACCACGAAUCUCCUGCUCCCUACGAGAGCUCCUUCAACUCGAUAUACCCCGGUUCAAGUCCCGAUUUCGGGGACUUUGGCGAGUACUCGCAGCAUGUGGAACGCAGUGCCAAUGUGAGCGGAGGAGAUGGGAAUCCCGCUAGUCGUCGUGGCAAGCAGUUGAACCUGGGACCGCUCUACAACAUACCCACUCCUGCCCCCGGCGAGGCUGCAGGCAGUGAUAGGAUCACAUUCCCCCGCGAUCGCAGGCGCCGGAGCGUUGAGGAUGGUGGUGUGUGGGCGGGAGCAGCUCCCGAGGAGCAGCGCGCCUAUUAUGGCAACCGACCCGUGGAGAAGACCUGCCGCAUCAACGAGGUCUGCUGCCGUCGUCCACUGCGUCCCCAGGCUCCUCCCCAGCAAUUCGGUCGCUGUGGCGUGAGGAAUGCCGCCGGCAUCACCGGUCGCAUCAAGAAUCCCGUCUAUGUCGAUGGAGACAGCGAGUUCGGCGAGUAUCCCUGGCAUGUGGCCAUUCUGAAGAAGGACCCCAAGGAAUCGAUCUACGCCUGCGGUGGCACCCUUAUCGACGCCCAGCACAUCAUCUCCGCUGCCCAUUGCAUUAAAUCUCAAAAUGGCUUCGAUCUGCGUGUGCGCCUGGGCGAAUGGGAUGUCAACCAUGACGUGGAGUUCUUCCCCUACAUCGAACGCGAUGUGGUCUCUGUGCACAUCCAUCCCGAGUACUAUGCCGGCACUCUGGACAACGAUUUGGCCGUUCUGAAACUGGAUCAGCCCGUGGACUUCACCAAGAAUCCCCACAUCAGUCCCGCCUGUCUGCCCGACAAGUAUUCCGACUUCACUGGCGCCCGCUGCUGGACAACGGGAUGGGGCAAGGAUGCCUUUGGGGAGCACGGAAAGUACCAGAACAUCCUGAAGGAGGUGGAUGUGCCGAUUCUGUCGCACCAGCAGUGCGAGCAGCAGCUGAGGAACACCCGACUGGGCUAUAGCUACAAACUGAAUCCCGGAUUUGUGUGCGCCGGCGGAGAGGAGGGCAAGGAUGCCUGCAAGGGCGAUGGCGGUGGUCCUUUGGUCUGCGAUCGCAACGGAGCCAUGCACGUGGUGGGAGUGGUGUCCUGGGGCAUCGGAUGCGGUCAGGUUAAUGUGCCCGGCGUCUACGUCAAGGUCUCCGCCUAUCUGCCCUGGAUUCAACAGAUCACCCAGAGCUAUCAAUGAUUAACGGAGCAGCAGGAUGAAAAGAAAGAGGAGGAGCAGGAGGUGACUGGCUACCAGGCGAAUAUCUCUGGAACAUCCUCCUCCUCCGACGACGAAUUCGUUUUCCACUUCUAACAGAAGCC